UUUCAGUUUCACUGUAAUAUACUCCAUGCUUCUUUGGCGGACAUCUUUGAUGAGAGGGAGAAUAAUUUUAUAAAAUCCCAACUACAUCUAAAACACGCCCAUGGAUGUUACUACAUGAGUGCCACUGAUAUAGUGGUAGAGGGACAAUGGAUUUGGCCGAAGACUGAAGAUCCGGUGGAAUACAUGGACUGGGGACCCACAGAGCCCCAAAAUGCCGGGGCAGGAGAAGAUUGUGUUUGUCUAAGUGAGGGUGUGGAUUUUCGCUGGGUAGAUGUGCCUUGUCAUUCACUGAGACAUUUUAUUUGCAAAAAGAGAUCGGAUGCCGGAAUAGGACAUGAAAUUAUUGGAUGAAGAGUUGAAUUUCAAUUUGAAAAGUUGUGUGACAAUAAAGUUAUUAGUAU